GCGAGGAACACAUACUGAGAACAAGAGGCACAAUUCGAGAAAUGAAGAGCACAGCUUUCGCCAGCAACAAAAAAGUAUUGUUACGUAAAUUCGAUUUGAGGUGCUCUCACGCAGGCCUUUUCUCCUUUCCUGUGUUUCCCCUCUCUCCACCUUACUCCAUGGCCCGGCCCUCCAAUGCCCUGCUUGUAUUUCUCCUCCUAUGUCUCCCAUCUCUUACAUUCGCACUGGACGUCCGUGAUACCCUUGCUCGACUUUGGCGACGUUCAUCAAGAAGUGUCCCGGCUGCGGGAUAUUCGAAUCCCAAUGACAACGGAGGAUCGAUGUUGACGAAAGUCCUAGGGACAACAUACCCAGCAGGCCAGGGAGAGCCCGUCAACACGAUAAUAUCAGGCAACUCGAACUCGGCCGUGCUAGUCGACCAGGAGACAGACGGGGGUCUCAGAAAUUAUUACUUAUCAUUAUCCUUUUCCAGCGAAUGUCUAGGGCAGCAUUCGGGAACCGACCAACAGGUGAAUUUGGGUGAUGGGAAUGGUUAUCUAAACGAGACGGCUGUGAUUCGGUAUAAUUAUGGUGACCCUUCAUUGGGUGCUUGCACGGAGACGAUCAAAGGUGGAAACCACUUUCGGUACUGGGUACAGAAUGGUAAGGAUGCGAAUACCGGGGCUAUCUUUAUGGCAGUAUCCUACGAAAUGCCAAUAGCCCAAGACCACGACAUUGUUGUGAACGGCUACAACCUGGCUCGCGACUACAUCGUCGGCAACAUUAGCGGGACCGUAAUACCAACGCUGAACCUCACGAAUUCGUCUACCUACUCUGGAAACACGUCAUAUGGUGGCUAUACCUACAAGACAGACAUCUCGUACGUCUCGGGACUGCUAGAGAACACCAGCAUUGGCAUCAACCAUAAUUUGUCGGUGUAUAUUCCUGGCGUAACCAAUGCUGUUGAUGGCCUUGUGGCUGUUCUGGACGUGUCAAUAUUAGAACAGCCAGAGGAAAGUGCCGGAUGGAGAACACGGCCAAAAUUAUGGUUACUCCUACUGACAGUCCUCGGCGUUUCCUCUUUUUCACUAUGACAACCCCUUGUCCUUUCGUUGGCUGGCCAGAGAAAGCUCUCGACCUUUACGUAUCUUUAUGACCACUCACUCCGCCCCUCCCUUACCCCCUCAUACUCACGGCACAGAUAUAGACAAUUGGAUAUCGCACUGCGAAAGAUAUGGACGCUGUUAUAACCACACACCACUGCACCUUAUGUUUACCAGCCACCUAGUUAUUUCUCAGGGAGAGAGAUCUAAUAUUCAUACCCUUUCAUCUUACGACGCGGGAUAAGGUUGUAAUGCAGUGCAGCAGUUACUAACUAGAUAGGAACGGGG